GGUUCGUUUGAUGAGGGCAGGCUUACCAACGUUACCAGCGCUCCCCACUACCAUUUUUUUCAGCAUCUGAGGCAAAUACUUGAAAAAUUCACCCAUUGGACUUGAAAGAAUUUGCUGGAAAAUAAGUGGAAAGACAGAGGUGGAAAUCAACUGCCAGAGCUCAGAAAGUGUCUCAAGUCCGUCGGAGGAAAAAAAGGAUUUAUCUCUGGCUUUCAGCACUCAAAGUGAUAUGGCUGCCGUUCUCCACAAGCUCACAGCACGCGUCCCCUGCGUGUGGAUCUUCCUCAUGCUUUUCGACCCCAGCUCACAAACCGGGGCUGUAACCGGGCACAGAGAACCAAUUCCUGAUGACAGCAAAGACAACAUCACCAUCUUUACCCGGAUCUUGGACCGCUUGCUGGAUGGUUAUGACAACAGGUUGCGUCCUGGACUAGGCGAAAGUGUGACUGAAGUGAGGACAAACAUCUAUGUGACAAGCUUCGGACCAGUAUCAGACACCGAUAUGGAGUACACGAUUGAUGUGUUCUUCCGGCAAAGUUGGCGGGAUGAGAGGCUGAAGUUUGAUGGGCCUAUGCAGGUCCUUCCACUUAACAACUUGCUCGCCAGCAAGAUCUGGACUCCUGAUACCUUCUUCCACAAUGGGAAGAAGUCAGUAGCCCACAAUAUGACUACACCUAAUAAACUUCUGCGACUGGUAGACAAUGGAACUCUUCUCUACACAAUGAGAUUAACCAUCCAUGCUGAGUGCCCCAUGCAUCUGGAAGAUUUUCCCAUGGAUGCCCAUGCCUGCCCACUGAAGUUCGGAAGCUAUGCCUACACCAACAACGAGGUUGUCUACAUCUGGACAGCGGAUGAUGAGAAAUCUGUUUCUGUGGCUCCUGAUGGCUCUAGACUCAACCAGUAUGACCUGCUGGGCCACGUCAUUGGCAAAGAGACGAUCAGCUCCAGUACAGGAGAAUAUGUAGUGAUGACAACAUAUUUCCACUUGAAAAGGAAAAUUGGCUAUUUCGUGAUCCAGACGUAUCUCCCCUGCAUAAUGACCGUCAUUCUCUCUCAGGUCUCCUUCUGGCUGAACCGGGAGUCUGUGCCAGCACGCACUGUCUUUGGUGUCACAACUGUCCUGACUAUGACCACACUGAGUAUAAGUGCCCGGAACUCACUUCCCAAGGUGGCCUAUGCAACAGCCAUGGACUGGUUUAUGGCAGUGUGCUAUGCCUUUGUCUUCUCUGCUCUCAUUGAGUUUGCCACCGUCAACUACUUCACAAAGCGCAGCUGGGCCUGGGAUGGCCAGAAGGAGGCCCAGGAGAUGCGGAGGCGAGAGUCGGCAUCCUUUUCCAAGAAGACCAAUAACACUUUCAACAUUGUGGGAACCUACAGCAUGGGCGUAGCCAAAGAUCCCGGAUUGACAACCAUCUCCAAGAGUGCCACAUCCACAUCCACAUCCACCCCAUCACAGUCGGCCCGAGACAUCCGACUACCCAAAAUGGAUGGUGAAUAUGUGCCGGACGGUGGAAAAAAGUCAUACAAUCGCGUCAGCAAAGUGGACAAGAUCUCUCGUAUCAUCUUUCCAGUGCUCUUCUUCAUCUUCAACCUGGGUUACUGGGCCACGUAUGUCAACAGAAAGCCGACCAUUAACCGGUCCAGCCCACAGAAAUGAACAUGGCGACUGCCAAAAGAGAAAAACUGCCAGUCGACCAUGCUACUGUUUUCAUUUUCCAAAAUUCCCAUUAUCCUUUUUUCCCCCUACAUUUUGUAGUAGUGCCAAACAGCCACGUAGACACAUAACCCUAGUCAGUAGUUUUCCAAAUUUGUAUGUGACAUUUCCUGUGUUGCAUGAGGUAAAGUAUGAAUAAUUAAUAUUAUGACUUUAU